AUGGAUGGUAUUGAUCCGGAGACUCUUCUCGAAUGGCUACAAACGGGUGCGGGUGAUGAACGGGAUUUACAAUUGAUGGCUUUGGAGCAAUUAUGUAUGCUGUUGUUGAUGUCGGAUAAUAUCGAUCGAUGCUUCGAGAGUUGUCCACCGCGAACUUUCCUCCCGGCUUUGUGUAAAAUUUCCCUCGACGAAACGGCACCCGACAACGUGCUUGAGGUGACGGCCCGAGCGAUCACCUAUUAUUUGGAUGUGUCAAAUGAGUGGAAUGGAGCAAUCAAAGCAAUUUGCAAUCGUUUGGCUGCUGCCGAAAUGAAUGACCGAAGCAGUAAAGAUCUGGCGGAGCAAUGCGUGAAACUUCUCGAGCACGUGUGUCAGAGAGAGACAUUGGCCGUAUAUGAUGCUGGCGGGAUACACGCAAUGCUGACACUUGUGCGACAAAAUGGAAAUCAAAUCCACAAGGACACCAUGUAUUCGGCGAUGUCUGUCGUGACACGCCUAUGCGGGAAAAUGGAGCCAAACGAGCCGGCACUGGCUCAAUGCGCUGAGAGUCUUGGCGCCUUGCUGGCACACGAGGAUGCAAAAGUGUCCGAGUCGGCGUUGAGAUGUUUUGCCGCACUCACCGAUCGUUUCAUCCGGAAAUCGAUGGAUCCCAUUGAGUUGGCCAGGCACACAGGUAAACAAAAGGAUAUAUGCAAUCUUGUCGAUCAUCUACUCGCUUCACUCUGUGCAACCGAGCCUCCAUCAGCCGUUUUCACGAGCAUCGUUUUGUCGAUUCUCAGCAAUCUCUGCCGAGGAAGUGCCGAGGUCACGCAACAAGUGUUGAGCAAUAAUCUCUUGAUCGCCGCCCUCUUCGCCGUGUUGACGGGAAAGAAUGAUCGUUGUUGGAAGGAAUUCGUUGCCGAAGAAUUGCCCGGUAUCGGAAACGGGAUUAGCCGGCUCGGGGACGGGAGAACGGGCAAGGCAUCUCAUCGAUGCGAUCCGCCAAAAGACACUCAAGCGCUGGUGGAAGCGAUCGAAAGUGGAACGGUUGAUGUGAACUACACAGACGACGUCGGUCAAUCGUUGCUGAAUUGGGCGGCUGCAUUCGGCUCAAUCGAGAUGGUCUCCUUUUUUGUGCGACUCUAUAGGCCAUAUGUGAAUAAAGGAAGCAAAAGCAGCUCGUUGCAUUAUGCAGCUUGUUUUGGACGACCCGAUGUGGUGAAGAUGUUAUUGCAACGAGGAGCGAAUCCGGAUUUGAGGGAGAUGAAGAUGGGAAAACGGCGCUGGACAAGGCUCGUGAACGAAGCGACGAAGAUCACUCUCAAGUGGCGGCAAUCCUUGAAAGUCCGUCAGUAUACAUGCAUGCCCCGGACAAAACCGCUCACGUCUUGCACAAACUUGUACCCGUUUCUUGAGAUAUUUCAGAAAUCAUUGAACAACAGCGUUCGUCGAUCAUCGCUUUUACUUCUCCGCAAAAGUGUCCAACACAUGACAAGCGAUGAUCUCCGAGCAGCAGCCGAGCAUUUAGCUUUUGAAUCGAAAUCGGAAGAUGCCUGCUCAUUCUCAGAUUCCCUCGUCGGCGUCCUCGUGAACGUUUUGGAGCAAGAGGAAGAUGUUGAUGGAUUAAGAACGAAGUGCUUUUGUUCCACCUCUUCAACUCCAUCAGUGGCUCUCGAAUCAGACAUCGAAAGAACAACUCCCGGAAUCAGUGAAAGAGAUCGCGGACAAAUGCUCAACGUGCCAAUAUCGGUCGACGAGGACUUCUCCACAAUGCAAACCCCACCGCCAACUGUUGAAGUGGUCGGCACACCCAGCGAGGCUAUUAUUGCCGUUUUGUACCGUUGGAAAGAGUGGCGCAUUGUGCGUGACGCGGAAACGCUCUACAUUUGGGCCGAUCCGAUCGCCCUGGAGUUUCCUCAGAACUCUAAUGGCUGGAUUCGCUAUUGUCGGACGGUCAACUGUGGAUCAUGUACAGUAAUGGACAUACGGAGAUCUCUUGAUCGAGUGAAGUUGACGCGAAGAAAUCAUUUGUUACGAAAUGGCGACGAGCAACGGCAGCUUGCGGCGACGCAAUGCCCACAUCGCUUCUUCAAAUCC